GAUAAAAACGCCCCUUGUGCUGUCUGCUAUGAGUUUAGGGAACUGUUUUUGUUAUUGCCAUAGGGGAUUACUUUCGUACCUUUGCUUUGUCGGUUCUAUCGAUAUGCUUCAAUGAACUAUUUACACUAGAACUGCAAAGGACUAUUGAAUUACCUGAAGGAUAUAUUGUCGCUUGUCAUCUUGAGCGCUUCAUACAGACAGCUGAAGUCAAUCAGAACAUGUGUUGAUGAUACAUCAAUGGUGGUCAUAUUUUUGCACUUUUAAUUUAUUUCAAUAAUUCAUCAUGUCUAAAUUAUGUGGAUAACGAGCAAUGGCAACAUCAGAUACAGCUAUCCCAACCAUAACUGUUGAACCAGCGUUGGAGGACAAUUCUAAAAGCAGUUUGAGUGAUGAAGUGGACGGUCCAGAUCAGGUGGUCAUCCAGAUAGCCGGUCAUCAGUCGAAUGGAGAUAAACUCGGUACCAACACCGAUUGUCAGGAUGGAGCUAAUGCCACCAAACUACUAUUCAGAGGGAGGAAGAGUGCUUUUGGCAGCUCAGAGAAAAUUCAAAUAAAAGAAGAGGAUUUGGUAUUGGCUGUCACACUGGUAACAGAUGCCACCCAGGGCAGAAAUUUUGAUUUCAGAACAGAACCUCAAUUUGUUCGGUCCUACAACCUGUACCACAAGUUCUAUCUUCGCUGGCUGCUCUAUCUGUUUAUUCUGCUGGAUCUGUCAUUGGCCUUGGUGGAGAAACCAACCCGGCCAGGAUGGGAAAUUCCAUACUGGGCAUCCAUUAUCAUGGAGAUUGUGUGUUUAAUCUACUUCCUGUUCCGGUUCUGCCAUGCAGCAUACUUCACCAAACCUGAGAUUUACUGGAGGGACACCAAAAACAUCCUCAUCAUUGUCAGCAUCAUAGUAACAUUUAUAGACAUCACAGGUUACAUGGUAUGGGUAAACGUGGCCCCAAAUUCCAACCAUGUCCGAUGGUCCCGCCCACUUCGCCCACUGUUCAUCAUUAACUUCUCUGAUGGGAAACAGGUACGCAGAGCUUUCCGGAACAUUCGCCGAACUGUUCCGGAGAUUAUGAACGUUCUUAUUUUGUUCCUAUUGAGUGUGCUCCUCUUUGGUUUACUAGCACUCAAGCUUUUUAGCAAAAGACAAGGUAUGAAGUAUCCCUACGGCCAGCUAUACUUUAAGAAUUACUUGGACAGUAUUUGGGAUCUUUAUGUCUUGGUCACUACAGCCAACAACCCAGAUGUCAUGAUGCCUGCCUAUGAUGAGAACAAAUGGUUUGCCUUGUUCUUCAUUGGAUACAUUAUCAUCUGUCUGUACAUCUUCAUGAGUAUUGUACUGGCUGCCAUCUACAAUAACUACCGCAAAAACCUGAAGAAUGAGAUCAAGGCUGCUGUUUUCUGUAAAAGGAAAAAGCUUGCCCAGGCAUUCGAUAUCCUGAAGUUGCAGCGAGGUUCUGGCAGUGUCAUCAUCCACAAUACUUGGUGUCAGUUAAUGAGGCGUGUUAUCCCCAACAAAAGUCAACGUCACAUCGACUUGCUGAUGAGGGUGCUAGAUGUGGAUGCCAACAACACCAUAUCCAAGGCAGAGUUUAUGAGUUUAGCUGAUUUGUUGGAGCUGAGAUUGUCAGAGGUCCGUGACCGCCUUACAUUCCUGGAACUGAGGAUUCCUUUUAUAUACAAUUCCAGGAUCAGCAACUUUGUCAAAAAGAUCGUCAGACACAAAUUUUUUCGUUUCUUCUUCGACUUUCUGAUUUUCCUGAAUGCUUGGUUCAUUGGUUUUGAUGUGGACAGUGCCGAUUGGUUCUUUUUGUCUCUCUUUUUGCUGGAAAUCACCUUCAAACUCUAUGUAUUUGGGCCGCGUGAGUUCUUCACAAGAUUCUGGAACACCUUUGAUUUCCUUGUCAUUGUGUCAGCAGCCAUAGCAACUGUAGUAGAAGCAUCUCAGGGAGCUUCCAGGGAUGAACUGCGGACUCUGGACCCUCUACUGGUGUUGAGAGUGGUGCGUCUCAUCAAGAUAUUUGGCAGUAUACAAAGGUUCAAGGUUAUUCUAAUGACCAUUGUAAAUAUUGGACCAUCCAUCCUAACAUAUGGAGGAGUCAUCUUUGUGUUUUACUAUAUAUUUGCCAUUAUUGGUAUGGAGGUGUUCCAUGGAUUGAUCCGUUUCUACCCGUACACUGCUGACAGACAACCUAGUGAACUGUACUGUGGGAACCCCCUACUCAACAACACAGCUUUCUAUAGGAACCACUACUGCAAUAACAACUUCAAUGACAUUCUCAGGGCACUUGUUGUCCUGUUUGAACUUACUGUCGUCAAUCAGUGGCAUGUGAUCACAUCUGGAUUUGUGAUCGUGACCAAUAAGGCGGCCAGGAUCUACUUUUUUGUGUUUCACCUCUGUUGUGUUGUAAUUGUCCUCAAUAUUUUCAUAGCAUUUAUCCUGGAAGCAUUUAUACUGGAGUACUCGCUUCAGAAGGCAGGUAGGAUGGAGACAUUCGUGGAGAAGAAGAUCAAGGAACUAGGAUUAGGUGUUGGACAAAUAGUGAAGUCCGAUCAGAAGUUAAAAGAGGCUGACAUGGAACUGGUUUCACAUGAACAAGAACCAGAUCAAACACAUGUUUCUCCAGUCUCUGCUGGCAAUGAUCAGGGCAACGAAUCAGAUGGCUCAGAUGUUGAUAGCAUUCCAGAUUUGUCAUUUGAGGAGGGACUUCGUUUCCAUUUAAAGAAAAAGAGUCGAAAAAAGGUUGAGGUCCUCCUACAGCAGAUGUUUGAGGGAGAGAUUGACCCUGAGGACAUGGGAGGGGAUUUUGAAGAGAAAAGACCGCGAACUGUAACAUUUGACACGGUUACGUGAUCGUUUUCAAGACCUUCAGAAUUGUUAUUAAAUUUCAAGCGCUCCGCUUUCUGUCUCUAUGUGUGAUUCAAACAGUGCUUUUGGAAGUGUUAGCUAUGGUGAAGGAUGGCAACUUGCUUUAAACAAUUUUGAUAAUUUAUAAUUGACUUUAGACUAUUAUGACAAUCCAUAACAUCACUCGUAAAACUUCAUAACAGUUUGUAUGCUUGGUUACAUUAGUUCCGUAACUAUAGGAUAAAUACUCAUUGUUACACAAUUACAUGUAGUUUCAAAUGUAAACAAAUCAGUUUUGGAAUGUGUGACAGCUAGUUUAUCAAAUGUGCAAUAGAAUUUAAAAGCAUUGUCUACAAUUCAAAACUUUGAUUUUAUUUUAAAUUCUUUUAUUUUCUUUUUUCUUUGUACAUGUAGAUUUUGUUGUUGUUAUAACAUUGUUUUCAGAUAUCUUUUUAUCAGACGUUCUUCUGUUUUCAAAUUACUUUGUAACAGACAUUCCACCGUUUUCAAAUGACUAAACAGACAUUCCACUGUUUUUAAAUUACUUUAUAACAGACAUUCCACUGUUUUUAAAUUACUUUAUAACAGACAUUCCACUGUUUUUAAAUUACAUUGAUCGAACAUUCCAACUUUUUAAAAAAAAAAUUUAUAGGACAUUCAACAGUUUUCAACAUCUGCCAAUUUACUAUAUUCAAAUAGCUUUUUUUAUCAGACAAUGCUUUCAAAAUAGUUUUAGAGUUAUCAAACUUACACAUGUAUUGUUUAAUUUUAUAUAUAAAUAAACACAAUACAACUUUGUGUCUCCCUUAUGUUAAUUAUUGAUAAAGGGCCUAUUGAAGAUACUAUUUCUAUUUUUUUUUUUGAUUGGUUUUUGAAGAAAAGUAGUAAAUCUGCUAUGUAAUGCUUUAGCCAGGAAAUAUUUUUAUUAUUGUUCUACGAAGUAAUAUAGAUCGCUAAGAAAUUUCUUUUUCAGAAGUAUUAUUUUACAAUUAUGGUCAUGACUACUUUUAUUUUGUAGUUUCCACUUAAUAUUUAGAUGCUACUCAUUUCUAUUUAUAGAAAAAUGUCCUUUCCUAUUAUAACAAUGUGUAAUUUUCAUGUGAAUGAAUGUUAAAGUUUUCAAUUUAGCUGUUUCAUUUUCAUUUUCAAUUGUGUAUUUCCCCGAUGACUAAUACUUUUCAAGUACCGGUAGUACUAAAGUUUUUGGGUUCACAGCUCUCAACUCCCAAUACCCCUACAUACAGAUUAUACUGCAGUUUACACGAGAGCCAUAGGCUGUUGUAUACUGUGUGAACAUCGAACAAUUUUGAUAUUCAAUCAUAGUAUUAUGAAUAAAUCUAAUAUUUUCUGGUAAAAACGGAUUUCCUCUAAAAUCAAUGUUGAUUAAUAUCUAAGUGUUCAUUACAGAUAGCUUUCGUUUAAAUUUUUUAACAAAUAGAUUAUAGCUUAAGACUCUAGUCAAUAGGCCAUAGCUUGAGACUACAGCUUGAGACUAUAGCUUAAGACUAUAGUCAAUAGACUAUAGCUUGAGACUAUAGUCAAUAGACUAUAGCUUGAGACUAUAGCUUGAGACCAUAGUCAAUAGACUAUACAAUGUAGCUUGAGACUAUAGUCAAUAGACUAUAACUUGAGACUAUAGAUUGAGACUAUAGUCAAUAGACUAUAACUUGAGACUAUAGUCAAUAGACCAUAGCUUGAGACUAUAGUCAAUAGGCUAUAGCUUAAGACUAUAGUCAAUAGAUUAUACCUUGGGACUAUAGUCAAUAGACUGUAUAUUGAGACUAUAGUCAAUAGACUAUAGCUUGAGACUAUAGAUUGAGACUAUAGUCAAUAGACUAUAACUUGAGACUAUAGUCAAUAGACUAAAGCUUGAGACCAUAGUCAAUAGAUUAUAGCUUGAGACUCUAGUCAAUAGACCAUAGCUUGAGACUCUAAUCAAUAGAUUAUAGCUUGAGACAAUAGUCAAUAGAUUAUAGCUUGGGACUAUAGUCAAUAGAUUAUAUAUUGAGACUAUAGUCAAUAGAUUAUAUAUUGAGACUAUAGUCAAUAGACUAUAGCUUGAGACUAUAGAUUGAGACUAUAGUCAAUAGACUAUAACUUGAGACUAUAGUCAAUAGACUAAAGCUUGAGACCAUAGUCAAUAGAUUAUAGCUUGAGACUAGUCAAUAGAUUAUAGCUUGAGACUAUAAUCAAUAGAUUAUAUAUUGAGACUAUAGUCAAUGGAUUAUAGCUUGAGACUAGUCAAUAGAUUAUAGCUUGAGACUAUAGUCAAUAGAUUAUAUAUUGAGACUAUAGUCAAUAGACUAUAGCUUGAGACUAGUCAAUAGAUUAUAGCUUGAGACUAGUCAAUAGAUUAUAACUUGAUACUAUAGUCAAUAGACUAUAGCUUGAUACUAUAGUCAAUAGACUAUAGCUUGAGACUAUAGUCAAUAGAUUAUAGCUUGAUACUAUAGUCAAUAGAUUAUAGCUUGAGACUAUAGUCAAUAGGCUAUAGCUUGAGACUAUAGUCUAUAGAUUAUAGCUUGAGACUAUAGUCAAUAGAUUAUAGCUUGAGACUAUAGUCAAUAGAUUAUAGCUUGAGACUAUAGUCAAUAGACUAUAGCUUGAGACUAUAGUCAAUAGACUAUAGCUUGAGACUAUAGUCAAUAGAUUAUAGCUUGAGACUAGUCAAUAGACUAUAGCUUGAUACUAUAGUCAAUAGAUUAUAGCUUGAGACUAGUCAAUAGAUUAUAGCUUGAGACUAUAGUCAAUAGAUUAUAUAUUGAUACUAUAGUCAAUAGAUUAUAGCUUGAGACUAUAGUCAAUAGAUUAUAGCUUGAUACUAUAGUCAAUAGAUUAUAGCUUGGGACUAUAGUCAAUAGACUAUAGCUUAAGACUAUAGUCAAUAGAUUAUAGCUUGACACUAGUCAAUAGAUUAUAGCUUGAGACUAUAGUCAAUAGAUUAUAGCUUGGGACUAUAGUCAAUAGAUUAUAUAUUGAGACUAUAGUCAAUAGAUUAUAGCUUGACACUAGUCAAUAGAUUAUAGCUUGAGACUAGUCAAUAGAUUAUAUAUUGAGACUAUAGUCAAUAGAUUAUAU